AUGAAAAUAGUUCUCACCAUAAUUGUCAUGGUUGGCGUUGGGUUUUGCCAUCACCGAGGACGCAACUGCGUUGGAAAAUGUUGGAACCACAUGAAACCACCACCACCACCACCUCCACCUCCACCGUAUCUACGUGGUUUGGACCAACAGGCUCGGGAUGAGUACUCUGCGAUUAUAACCAAUAAUGCAAUGACCAUCGCCGAGAAAAAUCAAAAAAUUGAGAAGUGGGCGGAGAAACAUAGAAUUCUGGAUGAAGUACACCGAUUUAAUAACCAUACCGAGAGGAUGAAAGUUGAGAUGAAGAGAAACGUCGCGAGACUUAUCAUGGAACUGCCACAGGCUAUGUACAAGCAUUCCCUUAUUAUGGAAAACGUGCAUCAAACCACACUCGAGAGGCACUAUGCUAUACAAAAACUUGAUGCAGAAGACCCACAGCUUUAUCGGGUUUUGAAGUUCAUCAUUAAACAGUUCAUGCCUCGCCAUGAAGAAAAUGGUGGAGUUGCUACAGUAGCACCAUAUUUUCCCAAAAAUACCAAUGGAAUCCAGGGAAAUCUAUGGUUGACCAAAGAUGGAUUUAAACAUCUGGUUGGAUACACAUAG